AUGGCGAUGGAUAGAGCUUCUGAAGGAGUUGGCUUUGUUAUUAGGGACCAGUAUGGCAGUUUGAUUGCAGCUGGUGGUCGGAGCACUCCAGGCUUGACGGUCAUUGGGGCGGAGCUACGAGCUGCUUGGGAGGGUAUCCGGUAUGCGAGAUGUGUGUUGGGUGCUGACAGACUGUGCAUUGAGGGCGACUCUGCCACGGUGAUUGACUGGAUACGGGGGGCGGAUAGAUAUGGUGAUGGCCACCCAUUGAUUCGAGAUACCCGCAGACUGGUUCAGGAGAUGUUAGCUGUCCAGGUUGGUCAUGUGUAUCGUGAGGUAAACAGAGCUGCGGAUUGGGUAGCCUCAUAUGUGGCUCGCCACGCUGGGGACGUCAUCUGGACGAGUCUAGCUGGUGUUCCCCAUUUCUUGCUCUGUUUACUCUCCUCUGAUUUAGCAGGAUGUACUUCCUUUUGA